CAUAUCGCCUAUCGCCUCUCGCCUCAACCAACGAAAUCAUGGGCAUCUCCCAGGCUCCCACUUCUCUGCUUCUUCUCGACAAGCUCCAAUGCUUCGAUGUCUUCCGCUGUCGGUUAUCUGUUUUCCCAGAACAUUGGGCAAAUGCUUGUCUUGGGCAUAGAUUGACCUUGCAAUUCCUUGGACAACGUCUCAGCCAUUGAGUCCCAGACGAAAUCUUAAAUUAAACGUCAUUUCUGAGUUAUUUGUUUGAACGAGAUAGGCGCAACGAUGGGUCCUGAAUCAAAUUUGGCUGGAUCAUCUUCAACAUCAUCGCCUAGUAGCAAGCGUACCCGAGAUCCUGAAGAGGAGGUUUACCUCGACAAUUUUCACUCUCACAAGCGUUACCUCAGUGAGAUAAUGGCAUCUAGUUUAAAUGGAUUGACAGUUGGCGACUCGCUUCCUGAUAAUCUCCUGGAAUCUCCAGCCAGGUCUGAUAGCAUGCUCUCUGUCAGAGAUGAGAUGUCUUCACAAUAUUCACCUAUGUCAGAGGACUCAGAUGAAUCAAGGUAUUGUGAGACUACUACAAACAGCUGCUCAUCCCAACCUGAGAGUCGUCCCACGAGUCCUGUUUCACCAUACCGUUACCAAAGGCCUCUCAGUGCAUUCUCUUCAGCACCUUCCUCUAGUUCAAAUGCUUCACAUGGCUCUACUGUGCCGCAGCCUCGUCAACGGGGCUCAGAUUCUGAGGGUCGGUUCCCAUCAUCUCCAAGUGAUAUAUGCCACUCGGCUGAUUUAAGGAGAGCUGCAUUGCUGCGAUCCGUGCAGAUGAGAGCACAGCCUCCUGGUGAUCCUGAGGAUCGGCCAUGUUCGUUUAUGAAGUCUCUGGAUGACUAUAGAGAGUGUCAAAUUGACGAGUGCCCUUCAAUGGGUAUGUUGGAGCCUGAGUUUAACCAAGAGAAACCAAGCAGUGUGUUAAAUAUGAAUGUCAAAUCGGCUGAUUCGGGGGGUUAGGUGAUGGCCGUUGAUUGUUGGAUCUUACCCAACAUUUUUUAUGGUUUCACGACGGCCUGCCCUGUUGAGCAUGUUUUGUUAAUUUGCCGCGUUGAUGUUGAGAUUAGCAUGCCCAUAGGUUAUCAUCUCACCUCGAUGUCCCCGACUCCAUUCUUAAAAUGAAAGUGGCUGAAACAAAAAUUACAUCUUGAA